GGCAAAAACCCACAGGCCGAGAUUCAUCGAAGGCUGGUGCAGCUGCUUCAGCCUCUGCUGAUUCGCGGAAAGCACCGAGUGAGGAGUGUACCGAGUACGUCAUGCUGCGCCCAUCCAGUGAACUGUGCUGGGCUUCUGGAAGGACCAUGACCCAGACAUCACCCAUGAUCCAUGGCCGAACACGGCCGGGACCAGGCAACCAUCUCCAAUUCGCCGGGCGGGGUUGGUGGGUCGUGCUUGCCGUUGUAAAGUGCUGCCAAGUCUUGAAUAAAUCCGGGGUCAAGGUUGCAAACCGGAUCAUCCUCAGGGCCUCCAGGUCUUCAUCAGCUCAACACCUGCACCAGCCCGAUUUCCAUAUCUUUGGAUCCUUUGACCCAACAAAAAGUCCUUCUCAACCUCCAAUCCUAGAGCCUCAUACAACAACAACACCACCAACGCUCGUACAGUAAGUCAUACCAGUCAUUUCUUUGUGCUUAUUUGGGAUCUGCUGGCAAACACACGCCCGGCGCUUGGGGCCAUGGCAGUCAAUGGCUAGAGGUGCUCUGACUGGGAUGGAGCCAGACAACUUCGAGUUUCAACACACGCUUGAUGAAAGCUUAUCGAGCAACACUACAAUACUUGACCAACACCUGUCGACUCAAGCGUUGAUUGUUGUAUUGUUCCACAAUCAUUCACAAGCCUUCAUUCCUCUAUACCAUUCCCUGCGACAAAUUGUACGCAGAUCUAGACGAUCACCGAGCAUCGUAAUUUCAGAGAACUGACUAUGGUCUUCAGAACUUCCUCCCAGUCUCAUACAAGUACCUCAGAAUCGUCACUUCUUCUGGACGAAUUUGCAACCACGAUCCGCCAGGAACGCCGUCGCAGCAUCAGCAGCACAAAACUAAAGAAGAAUCGUCGAAGUGGAUAUUGGAACAUCGGAGAGUACGAGGUGUCUCACCACUUUCACGGUUUUGACGGGGAUUACUGUAAUACGAAGAAGGACAAAAUAAUCAUCAUGAGCCGACAAUACAUCCAAGAGCCAGAAAAGAGAGAGGUGUCCAAGACUGGUUUUCAUGAACCUUUCUGCGGAGGUAAUUCAAGCCACACCGCAUAUGUUCAUGGGAGCGAAGACUGAUGAUAUCACAGACAGAAACACCACUCGUCCUCAUCCACAAGCCAUAAUAGGGCCCAAUGCAAUCAUAACAGCAGAAAACAUCCCAAAACUACGACAUCGUAAUCCUUCGUCCUUUUUCUCAAAACGUAAAGGCAAAGCUACGAGCCAUGGAAAGAUCUUGAUGUCCGAGUACGACACGUCAAAUGUCAGUAGUAUUGCAGAGGAAACAUCUGUACAGGAAAACAAACUCGCCAGUAAACAUAAAAGAGAUAGUGGUAUACAUAUCGAUAGUAUGGACAGUAGCCGACAAAGUUCUUCAGACAAGAGUGAUCAAAGCAUACGCAGUCGAUCAUCAAGCUCAAGUUCCGAGGACUCUGCGAAAAGUCGCAGCCGAAGACGGAAGAUCUUGAGUAAAUUCAAGUUUUAGAGAAUUUGCACUUGCAAAAGUUAACGAUUAAUGACGGAGGCUCUUUCUGAGAAAAUUGCAACAUUUUUAGCAUUGGUGUUUGGGGUAUCACAGGCA